AUGGGGGCUACUAUUUCUGGCUUGGUGGAUCAUGAAAAAUUAACAAGUAGUAAUAUUGGUCCUUUAGAGACUGGACUUGGAGACUUGCCAGAAAGCUGCAUAGCUUUGGUCCUUACACAUCUCGACCCAAUUGAGAUCUGUAAAAUUAGUCGAGUCAGUAGAACAUUCCAUCAAGCUUCAUUGACUGACCUAGUCUGGGAGUCAAAAUUGCCUCAAAAUUAUCAAAUUCUUCUCAAAAAUUACAAAAAUCUAUGGUCAAACGUUAGCGUAGACUCGGGUAGUUUGACAAAGAAAGAGAUAUUUGUCAGAUUGCGUCGUCCGAAUCACUUUGGGAGUAGCAAUUACAAGGCAUUUUGGAUGGAAAAAAAUAGAGGAAUAUGUGUUUGUAUAUCGUGGAAGGAAAUGAAGAUAACAGGCAUAGAAGACCGCAGAUAUUGGACUCAUGUUUCAUCUGAUGAAUCAAGGUUCAACACAUUCGCAUUUCUCAAACAAAUAUGGUGGGUGGAAGUGGAAGGGAACUUAGAAUUCGAAUUCCCAGCAGGGAACUACAGCGUGUUCUUUCGUCUUCAGCUGGGAAAAACGUCGAGAAGACUAGGGCGACGAAUCUGCACGGUUGAUCAAGUGCACGGGUGGAAUAUCAAACCCGUCCAAUUUCAACUAUCAACAUCAAACGGCCAGCAGGCAAGUGCACAAUAUUACUUGAAUGAGGCAGGAAAGUGGAUAAACUAUUAUGUUGGAGAUUUUGUUGUGGACAGCAUGCCAACAAAGUUAAAGUUCUCAAUGACUCAAAUUGAUUGCACUCAUACUAAAGGUGGUCUUUGCUUAGACUCUGUGCUCAUUAUCCCUGCUCACAUUGGACCAAAGUAUGUUAACUUUUAA